AUGGAGAAUGAUGGGAUACAAGUGAUGUACUACCUGAAGCCCAUGCCUCAUCUUCCCAUGCAGGAUUCCCAGGCUCAGGAAUCAGUAACUUACAAGAUGAGGGACAGACACACGGCUGUAGGAAUCAUCUUCUUAAUACAAACUUUGGCUGGAGUUUCAGGCAAUUCCUAUCUGGCGUACAAUUAUCUCUUGCUUUACUUCAAGGAGAAUCAAAUAAAGGCCAUGAACUUGAUUCUGAUGCAUUUAACCUUGGCCAACUUCUUAACUCUCUUCUGUAAAGGAGUGCCCCAGACGAUGGAAGCUUUUGGUGUCAAAUGUUUCCCCAGUGAUUCUGGGUACAUGCUGCUUUUCUACCUACAUAGAGUGGGCAGAGGUGUAUCAUUUGGCAGUACCUGCUUAUCCAGUGUGUUCCAGGCCAUCACCAUCAGACCAAGGCAUUUCAGCUGGGCAAGAAUUAAAAUUAAAGCCCCUCAGUUUAUUAUCCCCUUCAUAUGCCUGACCUGGAUCCUGUCUUUCCUGGUAAACGCUGAUAUACUUGCACACAUAACUGGUAGUUUGUGCAAUCCAAACACAACUCAUCCAAUGGAUUUGGAAUGCUGUUCUUCUUUUCCUUGGGAGGAAACUGGUGAAAUAUUUCAUGUUAUCUACAUGACCCUUCCUGAUGCUGUGUGUAUGGUGCUCAUGCUAUGGGCCAGCAGCUCCAUGGUUCUCAUUCUGCAUAGGCACAAGCAGAGGAUGCAGCACAUGGUCAGGACCAAGGUCUCCUUGAGAUGCUGCCCCGAGACCAGAGCUACCCACACUAUCCUUCUCCUGGUGAGCACCUUUGUAUGCUUUUACACACUCUCCUCCCUCUUUAGCAUCUAUUUAACUUUUUUACUCAAUCCUGGUCAGUUGAUAGUGAAUGCCACUGGAGUAGUCUCCAUGUGUUUUUCCUGCAUCAGCCCUUUUCUGCUGUUGAGACAUGGUUCCAGUUCUUCCAGGCUUUGUUGUACCUAA